CUGUUUAUUAUAACUUGGUGGAAUAUAUGUUGUGUCAUUUGAUAGGUUUCUUUAAUUAGUUUAAAAGUUAACAUUAUGUAAGAGAUUUCUUUAUUUAUAUAUAUUUUUUCACGACGACAACAACAUUCGACGUCAUCCCGGCGCGACAGUUCCUUCCCAGUCGGCUCGUGCAUGUAAACAUUGGGACCGUGAACAGCUGAUCGCCGCGUUGGGUUUGAAUCUUGAUUUACGGUUUGAACCUCGAUCCUGAGGAGGUGCGACCUCCCGCUGCCCCUCGGCCCCUGAGGUGGUGCGACCUCCCGCUGCUCCUCGGCCCCUGAGGAGGUGCGACCUCCCGCUGCUCCUCUGCUCCUGAGGAGGUGCGACCUCCCGCUGCUGCCCGGCCCCUGAGGAGGUGCGACCUCCCGCUGCUCCUCUGCCCCUGAGGUGGUGCGACCUCCCGCUGCUCCUCGGCCCCUGAGGAGGUGCGACCUCCCGCUGCUCCUCUGCUCCUGAGGCGGUGCGACCUCCCGCUGCUGCCCGGCCCGCGGUUCCCUCAGCCCGGUCCCAGAUGGAGCACCUGCCCCCGGAGGUGUGGGUCUACGUGUUCAGCUUCCUGAGCCAGGAGGAGAAGAGCACGGUCCGCCGCUGCUGCCGCUGCCUCCGGAGGCUCAUCGACCACGGCUCCCUGUGGCGGGACCACACGGUGGUUCUGUCCGACCUGCGGCGCUACACCUACGGCUUCUGGGACACCCUGCGCCACCGCAAGCUCACCCGGGUUUCUGUGCGACACCUCCGGCGCAAAGAGUGGCGGCGGCUCGUCCGGUUCCUCCCGUCGCUCACCGCCAUCGUGUUCGUGGACGGGGGCCGGCUGUACAGGGAGCGGUACCUGGACCACCUGGCCCGGUUCCCGGAGCUGAGGGACCUCGGGGUGCGGAACGCCGCCUGGGAAGAAGCGAUUCUCGGCCGGGGCGUGAGCGAGCAGCUGCGGGAGCGACUCACGCACCUGAGCGUGUGCAACGUGCGGCUGCCGUGCACGGAGCAGUUCAUCAGCACCGUGUGUCACCUGGUCAACCUGCGCUACCUGCUCUUCCACCAGCAGGGGGAGGGCUACGGGCUGGACACCGUGCGCCCGGUGCCCUGCGGGGUUUUCCACCGGCUGCUGCGGAACCUCAGCAAGCUGCGGCACCUGUCGUGGGGGAUGAGGGGGGAGCCUCCGGAGCCGCUGCCCGACGAUUACCUGAGUCCCCUUGAGCCAGGAACGAGCCGGUAUGGCGGCCCGGCCCUCACCAGUCUGGAGCUGGUGGAUUACCCAGAAACCCUGCUGCCGGAGAACGCCCUGAGGAGCCUGACCUCGCUCCGGUCGCUGACGGUUCGCUACCGGUACAUCAGAGAGGGGAUCCAGUGCCGCCUGACCUCCUGGCUCAGCCCGCUGCAGCAGCUGGAGACUCUGAAGAUCAUCGGUGGUAAUUCUCUCGCCACAUAUACGACCACCAUCCCGUCCACGGUGACCAGGCUGAUGCUGCGUGUGGCCAUCACUCUGAAGGACAUGGACUCCAUCGCUCCGAAGGUGCCGGCGCUCGAGCACCUGGACAUCGAGCAGAACCGCUCCAGCGGCAGCCUCUGCAGACGGAUCCCCAUGUUGUUCCCUCAGCUGCGGACGCUCAGGAUACGGUUCUUCCGCCGAGAACCAGAGAAAGACCUGCUGAGCCUCCACCGGCUGCGACACCUGGUGCAGCUGGAGCUGCUGGUGGAGCGCUCCUACAUCCUCAGGGACUACCUGAACGGUCACCCCUGGCCCAGCCCCUGUGUGCAGGAGCUGAUCGACCAGCUGCGCGAGCUGUCGGAGAACCGGAUCACCGUGAUCACCACCAUGCGCCAGAGGAACCCUCUGCGAGAGUGUGACUGUGUGUGGGAGGGGGACUGAGGAGCUGGAGGGAGAACUGGGAAAUCAGUUUUUAUUCUCCUGAGGCGAGAGGAGGACGGAGUCGGGGAUGAAGGAGUCGGUCUCUGGAUGAGGACAGACGGGGCCUGUUGUCUUUUGAAGGAAAAGGUUUGAAGACGAAUGAGACUUAAUGAAAGUCGCCAGAUGUUAGAAUCGUGUGAUAAUCAAUGGAACUGAAGAUUAGAGCAAACCUGGGCCUCAGAACCUCAUGAAUAUGAAGCCCUCUGGGGAUUUAUGAGCUCUGAGCAAACCAGCAGAGUGAAGUUUGACCGAGGAGGAGAUCCAGAGAACAGAGGGACGACUCAGACCAGCAGGCACCAAACGAGGCCGGGAGCUGGGACUGGGUUUUCUAACUGGUUCCACAACAGAUCCAUUUGUUAGCAAACUAACCAACAUUCAUUCAGCUCCAUCAGUUCAUCAACGUGUGAAUAAUCAGGUGUUAAAGUCAGCUGCUGUUUCAGUCUGAUCAUAAUCCUCAUUUCAGCGGAUCACAGCCUUAGUGUCUCACAACUAUCCACUGAUGUGUCAUUAAUAUAAUGUGUUGAUGAAGCUUCAUCAGUAUCUGUCACAAUUAUAUGAACUAAUUAUUUAUUUUGGUGAAUAAAUGCACUAUCAUAGUUG